UUAAGCACUAUUCCACAUAAUCUUUAGGGAAAUAAUAUUGUUAGAAAUAAAGUUUCGCCAAGCAACAAGGCAGGCGCGCUCCCUAUAUAAGGCAGUUGACAACGAUCAAGCGGCCAUUACCUUGUCAGUCGUCGAACGUUCAACAUUGUGCCUCUGCCAUUUAUUCUGUCAAAUUUGUUAUUUUAAAUUAUUUGUUAUCUUUGAUUUAAUAAAACUAAUUGUAUAGUGUUUUGGGUAAUUGUUUCUUUUUUUUAGUCAAAUUAAUAAAGCGAUUCUAAGAUCAGAAGUGGUAUUCGAAGGCCUUUUUCCGCCUGAUAAUCAUCCCUGAUUUUAUAAAUUCAGUGUUUCAAUUAAUUUCGGUUGGUUAAAAUUUAGUGAGAUUACAAUUUAAGUGGUUGGGCAGAGUCAUAAUGUCGUCAGACGCUAAGAAAAGUAGAAGCAAAGGGAGACGCACACGAUCUCCCUCAUCUAAUAAACAGUUGGAGGAGAUCCUUAAAAAACUACAGGUACUUGAAGAACGAUCGCUUGCGUAUGCUGUUCCAAGAGCCGCUGCGGGGACUAGCGCGGGUACCGACUCGCGACACGCAUCGAUGACCAGUGUGGAGCCUAGCCGGGCUCUGGUGCCUAACUCGCCACCGCGAGCCUCGCCAUCCUCCGAGAGGACGGAGCUUAACCAUGCUGUUUCCAUACCGAACACGCCAAGGACAGCCGCGGCGCCUGCCACGCUGCUUAGCCACCCGCUGCUACCGGCGCAAGCACCGACACCUGCAGAAACGGGGCGCGAGAUCGCCGCCGCACCACAGCUGGUUCAAAGUGAUAUGAAAAGCGCUGCCGAGCGUUUGUUGGACGCCAUAAGCUCGUUGCCGGUUUUGAUGAUGAAAUAAGCCCCGUACCUAGUGGUAAUGAUGAUUCGGAUGCUGGUCCAUCACUGAGAGGCUAAUGAGGAGGUCGCGAGGACGCUCCCAUGUCAGGAGAGGCCGUGUUAGAAAUAAAGUUUCGCCAAGCAACAAGGCAGGCGCGCUCCCUAUAUAAGGCAGUUGACAACGAUCAAGCGGCCAUUACCUUGUCAGUCGUCGAACGUUCAACAUUGUGCCUCUGCCAUUUAUUCUGUCAAAUUUGUUAUUUUAAAUUAUUUGUUAUCUUUGAUUUAAUAAAAC